AUGGCGAACACCAGAGUCAUAAUAGUGGGUGCUGGCAUUGCUGGUCCCGUUCUUGCUGUUUUUCUCAAGACGAGAGGGUAUGACCCCAUCAUAUACGAAAGACUCCCCGGUCCAGGAGAGGGUGGACUCGGUUUCACGCUACAGCCCAACGGUCUCCGUGUCCUAUCCCUCAUUCCCAAAUUGCUGGAACAGAUACCCGGCCAUUCUCCAGAGAGGAUGAUUCACUGUUCCUGCUUGGAUGGAAAGGAGGACAUCCUUAUCGAUAAUGAUAUUUCGCCAGCUACAAUGCGGGAACGUUUUGGUUUCCCUGUGAUUGGAGUGCGGCGCCCAGAGUUCCAACGCCUUUUGAUCGAUACGGCCGAGGAGCAUGGUAUUGAGAUCAAGUGGGGCCAUCAUGCCAUUGCAUUUGAGCAAAGCGAGGAUGCAGUGGAAAUCACGUUUACGAAUGGUGCCAAGGACACGGCAAGCUUUGUCGUAGGCUGUGAUGGGUUGCAUAGCAAUACCCGGACUGCACUCUUUGGGGUAGAAAAGGCAGACUUCACGGGAAUGGUGCGGGUCGGAGGGUGGUCUCCUACGCCGCCUGCCCUUCAGGGGAACAUUGCAAUGGUAAAUAAUUACGGGGAGGGUCGUCAUAUGAUCGCAUACCCUAUUGCAGAGGACAAGUAUUCAUGGGCCAUCAGUACUCUGGGGGCUGAGGCCAAGGAGGAUUGGAGAACGCAGACCGCAGAACAACAAAACGAAAUCCGAAACGGGCCUCUUUCUGCGUGGGGGUUCGGGGCUGGAGAUCUGGUAAAGACCGGUCAGAAGAUCGUGAAGUAUGGUCUCUACGAUCGACCUGAGCUUAAUUCAUGGUUCAAGGGAAGAGUUGUUCUUUUGGGCGAUGCAGCUCACCCCACAAGUCCGCAUCUGGGCCAAGGUGCCAAUCAAGCCUUCGAAGACAUUUACCAUUUUAUGCGACUCCUGAGGAAGCACAACCCAUCUGCCGGCCAGCUAUCGACAGAACUAUUGUCGCAAGUGUUCACUGAUUACCAGGAUCUUCGGCUACCGCGUACAUCCGAGCUCGUCAAGGGGUCUAGACGGCAAGGGGAAAUCCGGGUCGUCGAGGGUAUCGAUGCCUGUAGAGCAAGAGAUGAAGCAAUUCGGGCAGGAUUUAAUGGUGAUGCAGCGAGGAGGGCACGCGACGAGUUGUUAUCCGGGCCAUUUACAUCCAGCGAAAUGUAGUUGCCCUGCGCGAAAAGGAUGCUCACGAAGUGGUGGAGGACCAUUGUGCCAGUCCGAUGCCAAGGACAAGGACCGAGUCAAUAGAUGAUAAUGCAAUAGGACAGUACAACGUCUUUCACACUUCAUUUGACCACUUAACUCCCUGAAUUGACAUAAUUGAUAAUGUCGUGCGGGGUCGAUGCCGAUUGACCGUGCAGCCUAU